CCGGGGCGCCCGUUUCUUCUGCACGGCGGGCCGCGGCCUGGAGCCGUUCCUGAUGCGGGAGGUGCGCGCGCGGCUCGCGGCCACGCAGGUUGAAUAUAUUUCAGGAAAGGUUUUUUUCACCACCUGUUCAGAUUUGAAUAUGCUGAAGAAAUUAAAGUCUGCAGAAAGAUUAUUUUUGUUGAUUACAAAGCGGCUUCCGUUUACUGUUUCCUCUCCAAGUAAAGGAAAAAUACUUAGUGAAAUGCAGAGGCUCGUCAACGACGAUCCAGGAAGUUGGCUGGAAGCCGUUUCGCACUGGAAAAGUCUUCUUGAGCACGACGCAAAAAAGGACAGACCCGCCGAAGGGGGCGCUAACCCUCGGAAAAGGAAAGUCGAAGACGAAGUCAUCGUGGCCAAGAAAUCAAAAGUAGAAGAGAUGCAAGUGCUUGAGGAGAAUCACGGGGCAUGGGAGCCGGAAAAGCACGCUGAAGGCCCACAGAAGCAAAGAGGCUCUAUCACCAGAACAGAGAGCCCCCAGGAAAAAGGGUUCCACAGUGGCGGAGAGAAAGUGGGUGACUUGACUUUCAGGGUCUCCUGUCGCUGCAGCGGAGCUGUUGGGAAGGCUUUCCCUGCACAGGAGGUAGGAAGAGUUCUUGGUAUUGCGCUCAUGAAGCAGUUUGGAUGGCAAGCCGAUUUGAGGAAUCCAGGGUUAGAGAUCUUUAUGCAUCUAAAUGACAUUUAUUCUGUAGUGGGAAUUCCUAUGUUCAGGGUCCCUUUAGCCAGCAGAACGUACAUCCGGACAGCCGGGCUGCGCUCCACUAUAGCAUGGGCCAUGGCUUCCCUCGCAGAAAUCAAGGCUGGAGCGUUUGUUCUAGAUCCAAUGUGUGGACUGGGAACAAUACUUUUGGAAGCUGCUAACGAAUGGCCAGACGUGUAUUAUGUGGGCGCUGAUGUCAGCAAAUCGCAGUUACACGGAGCAUAUGACAAUCUGAAAGCUGCAAGCUUGACAGAUAAGAUUGAAUUACUUCAGGUCUCUGUCGUAGAAUUACCACUGCCUUCAGAAAGUGUCGAUAUCAUUAUUUCUGACAUUCCAUUUGGCAAAAAGUUUAAGUUAGGAAACGACAUCAAAAUUAUUCUACAAGAAAUGGAAAGGGUGCUUUGUGUUGAUGGAACCAUUGUACUGUUGCUUAGUGAAGAUCACCACAGGCGCCUUGGUGGCUGCAGAGACGUCGCUCCAUUGAAUUGCAAGGGCAGCCACAGCACUGACCCUGAAGUGAAGACGCUCUUGAGUGCUGAAGACAAAGUUGGCACCUCAGAGACAAUGUCGUCCGCACACGGAGCCAGUAACCAGGAGGACCUGUACCAGGUGUCACCAUUUGGCUCUCUGGUGCCAGUGGAAUGCUUCAGAGUUAGCCUUGGGAAAACAGACGCAUUCAUCUGUAAGUACAAGAAGGCAGGGGCUCCUCAACCUCCCGGGGCUGGCUGCCACGAGCCAGGCACACAUCCUGAGACAGCCGGCACUUAGGAAUCCCCCCGUCUCCAUGAGGCCUCCUAGUCCGCGAGUUCCAAAAGAAUGUCCUGUGAAGACAGGUGUGGCUCAAGGAUGCUCCCGAGGAAGACGGCGCACCGCGACUGACAGAGAACACUUCGCAGCUAUUUUGAAGAGUCUCCAAAAACCAUUCCGCCCCAGAAUUUCUGAGCAGAAGCUCCAGCUUCCCCCUUAAGACAUUUCUGGGAUUUCACAUGAGUGUUUCUCAUCAACACAAGCUUGAUGAUAUUUUAAGCUGUCAAACGUUCAGAAAUGCAGAAAUCUUUAUAUGAAACUUUUUAUACAUUAAACUUGAUUUUUUUAAACCUGUAA